AACUGAGCACUGCAGCCCCCCUAGGGAAACACAAGAGGAGGGGUGAUAGUUGUGAUGACAAGCUUGCCUUUUAGCAGAAUAGGCCUAUGGGGACGUAAGUGUGGCUCUGCGAGGGGCCGUCCAACCCUCUCUGCUCUUAUAGGGACAGGCCUCACUGUUUUGCCAUGAUCUCAGUGACACUAUUUGGGCAACACGGGCAGCUUUUUUCCACUCAGCAGGUUUUGUGCUGUGUGGUUUGACUGAGCAUCUCGGGUAAAAAAAAAAUGGCUAUCAGAUACAUCAAACACAAGUAUCUGUGGAUUUAUGUUUUAAAUUAUGAAAAACUGUAGAGUCGAAGCGUAAUGGAGAUUCCGCCUGUGGUGCAUUUGGAGGGACAUCAGUCUUGGACAGAUUCAGGAUUACAAAAACGUGCAACACAGGAGUUAACCUCAGAAAGUUCUGCUCACGCAGCUAACGGCUCACCAGACCACAGAGGAGACGACUGUCUCCUUGAAGCUCAAAACUCGCUGUUGGAGCCAGAUGAGGACACACUCAAGCUGAAAAAGAGUUUUGUUUAUGUAAGCCCAAAGAACACUGAAUGUUUAGAAGCCGAGCUCUUACAGGAGCCCAAGCAAGCGUCACUCAGUCCUGGUGAAGCGCAUCUGGAGUCGAGUGCCUCAGCCAAACUUCACGAAGCAGGUAUUGUGUCCACAUUACUGAAGUCCGAUGACAACUGUUGUGGUAACAUUUCACUCACUGUUCCUGUUGCAGAAGGCCAGUCAGACCCGGUGGUUCAGAAUCAUGCUAGUCAUACAGUGGACUUAAACACUGGAUGUGUGAAAACAGACUUUGAGAAGUUAGAGACGAUCUCAAAUGAUCAUGUCCUCAAUCUGGACUCCAGUCCCACUCACUCUGUCACAGCUGCGACUAUUCCUGAUUUAGGUCCGACAGUCCUGCAUUUGCCACGCAUUGUGAAGCACAAACCGAGCUCAAUCACCUUCUCACACUACACCUGUCCUUCAGGAGCCGGCGGCCACACUUUUGUCAAUGAGAGCUCUGAAGAUGAAGAGUCUUCACCGGAGGAGGAGAAGGAGGAUGACCAUAAUGAUGAUGUUGAUGAUGAUGGUGAUGAUGAUGAUGAUGACGAUGAUGAUGAUGUGUUCAAAGAGCUGCCUCAGAACAGAGAGUUCCUUGCCAGUCACAGACAAAGAAGCAAAGACAAACAGAAGAGGAGAGGUGCUUUGAGUGCCCGAGCAGAAAUCGAUCACAUGAAUCAAUCGCAUGACUGUGGUUAUGAAGCAGAGGGGGAAAGCAGCAGUAAGGAGGAGUCUCAGCAGGUCAGGUCUCCCUGGUCAGAGUCGAUGAGCCAGCUGAUGAGGAAACUCGACCAGCUUAAUCUGGAUUUAGAGGAGGCUCUGAGUGCAAGCUCCUCCCCCACAAACACACCGUGCACCACCCGCAGGAAACAGUGCAGCACUGUUGCAAAGUCCACGUUGAACCAAACCCCGAGCAACCACGCUCUCCAGAGACUGGACCGAGGGGCAUGUCCGAACCAGGACAGGUCUUCUUCUCUUCGCGGAGCCUCAGCUGGAACAAGAACAGCACCCAAGAAGACGAUGUUCAAUAAGAUGACCAAUGCAGCAGGGCCAGAAAUUGAAGCAAAAGAGGCGUGUGACUGGCUGCGGGCGGCAGGAUUUCCCCAGUAUGCUCAGCUCUUUGAAGAUUCCCAGUUCCCCAUUGACAUUACACCUGUGAAAAGAGAUCAUGACUUUCUGGACAAAGACCUCGUGGAGCCUCUGUGCAGACGACUCAACACGUUGAACAAGUGUGCCUCUAUGAAACUUGAUGUGAACCUUCCGAAGAAGAAAAGUGAAGACUCUGAUGAAGAAGACCUGUUUGCAAUCAGUGACAAAUGGACCUUUGAGCUGAGCAGUCGGCGCUGGUCCAGGUUACAGGACAUUGACUGUCUGCUGGGAAACCACGGAGAGGUUCAGCCCUCUAAGGACAGUGUGCCUCUGAAAACCACCACCAGCAGCGAGAGUGUUUUGACAGACCUCAGUGAGCCAGAGGUCUCUUCUUUGCACAGUGAGAGCAGUGGAGGCAGUGGUCACAGGGCUCUCAGCACAGAGGAUUCUGACUGCUCCAACCGCACCUGCUCAGAUUCUGCAGUGAUGCCAGACUCUACUUCUCUCACAAUGCCUCACACCCCCAAAGAAAUUGCUCACUAUGCCUCACUACCUGAUAAGCACGUCAAGACAAGCCGCAUCCGUGCCAAAGACUUCCUGAAGCGCAUGGAGACAUUGCGCUCCCGAGGAACUCUGGGAAGGGGUCGUAAGACUUUGGUCAUUAGCUCUCCGGUGCUACAGCAGGAGGCCCGGGCUCUGAAGACUUUGCGUUGUGUCGAGAUCAUAAAUGGAGAUAGUGGGGCUCCAGAAACACAGUCCAACAAAGAUCUGCCGUCCCAGUCCAGUAGUGAGAGUAGCAGCCAUUCUAGUGGCAGUGCCGUCAGCACACCCAGCCUGAAAGAGCGUAAGCCUCACCGGGCUGACUACAAGCGCAGUGGCAUGUAUUUGGAGGACAUAGACAUCUUCUCAGGCACCCAAGUGAAUAAAGUCGCAGAACAAAAUCGCAGGAAUGAGUUCUGCUCCUAUGAAGAUCUGGUGGUCCAUAUUCCCAAAGACCACAAGCCAGGAACCUUCCCCAAAGCACUGUCCAUAGAGAGCCUGUCCCCAACCAAUGGGGCUUCUAUCAACUGGCAUACAGGCAGCAUGCACCUGGAAUCUCCACUGAUUACAUGCAGUAAGGAACCCAGGCCUGUCACCCAGUGCUGCUCCAGAGGCAGCCGCAUCAGUGUGUACGAUAAUGUUCCCGGCUCACAUCUGUACGCCAGUACCGGAGAUCUGAUAGACCUGGAGAAAGAGGACCUGUUCCCUCACCUGGAUGAUAUCUUGCUGCAUGUCAAUGGCCUACAACAGAUAGUGGACCACUGGUGCAAGAAUGUGUUGCCGGUUGGAGAAGGGCUGGCACAGGUAGAUGGUGAGAGGGAAGAUAUAGUUGGCCUCCAGUCCUCUAGUCAGAUCACACUGGACUUUGAGGGAAAUUCUGUCACAGACAGCCAGACCCCACCUAGUUACGGAGACAGAGACAGAGUAUCACUUGCUGAGACAGAAUCUGCAACGCUCAGGGACAGGAGGGACUCAGGAGUGGGUGCUUCGCUCACAAGACCUAAUCGGUUACGAUGGCCCAGCUUUCAAAUAUCUAAUCGCCUAAGUCACUCAGUGGCAUCCCUGCAGAUUACCAACCAGUCAGCAGGCCAGCUGAGUUUGUUGCAGAAGUUUUCUUUGCUGCGCCUUACUGCAAUCAUGGAGAAAUACUCCAUGACCAACAAGCAUGGUUGGACAUGGUCUGUGCCAAAGUUUAUGAAGAGAAUGAAGGUACCAGACUAUAAGGAUAAGAAUGUGUUCGGAGUGCCUCUCAUUGUGCAUGUGCAGCGUUCUGGACAGCCAUUGCCUCUUGGCCUGCAGCAGGCCCUGCGGUACCUGAGGAGCCAGUGUCUUGACCAGGUGGGUCUCUUUCGUAAGUCAGGGGUGAAGUCUCGAAUUCAGGCUCUUAGGCAGAUGAAUGAGAGUUCUCCGGACAAUGUGAACUAUGAGGAUCAGUCUGCCUAUGAUGUAGCUGACAUGGUGAAGCAGUUCUUCAGGGAUCUACCUGAGCCUCUGCUCACCAGCAAGCUGGGGGAGACCUUCCUUCAUAUCUACCAGUAUGUCCCAAAGGACCAAAGGUUGCAAGCUGUCCAGGCAGCUAUCAUGCUGAUGUCGGAUGAAAACCGAGAAGUGCUGCAGACGCUGCUCUGUUUCCUCAGUGAUGUCACUUCCUCUGUGGAAGAGAACCAGAUGACACCCAUGAACAUUGCUGUGUGCCUGGCCCCAUCCCUUUUUCAUCUCAACAUACUCAAGAAAGACAAUCUCUCGCCAAGGGCCAUGCAGAAGAAGUAUGCCACUGGUAGACCAGACCAGAAGGAUCUGAAUGAAAACUUAGCAGCAACGCAAGGCCUGGCUCAUAUGAUCGUAGAGUGCAACCGACUCUUUGAGAUCCCUCAUGAAAUGGUUACUCAAUCGCGUAAUUCCUACGUGGAGGCGGACCUACAUGCACCAACAAUUGGCGAGCUGUGCAAACAGAUGGAAGAUGAUGAUGGAACGUACCAAACCCAUAUGGAGGGGAGACUUCAGAACCUGCUGAAAGAGGCUCGAGAAAAAUCCAAAUACUGGAUGUCCUGCAGCAGCUCUGAUAACACAGAGCUUUUCUAUAAAAAGGUGGGAGAUGGGAACCCUUUGAGACGUUGGCGAGUGUCUGUGGAGGUGGAAGCGCCACCGUCUGUAGUUUUGAACCGUGUGCUGCGAGAGCGCCACCUGUGGGAUAUAGACUUGCUGCAAUGGAAAGUGUGCGAGACAUUGGACAAGCAGACAGAGGUGUUUCAGUACGUCCUCAGUCGCAUGCCCCCUCAUCCCAGCAGGGACUUUGUAGUUCUCAGGUCGUGGAGGACAGACUUGCCCAAAGGUGCCUGCUCACUGGUUUCUGUGUCUAUAGAACAUGAGGACUGUCCUCCUGUUGGAGGAGUACGAGCUAUAGUCGUUGAGUCCAACUACCUGCUAGAGCCAUGUGGCUCAGGAAAGUCCAGACUAACACACAUUUGCAGAGUGGACUUGAAGGGAAGGACUCCAGAUUGGUACAACAAAGCCUUUGGUCACCUUUGUGCUGCAGAAGCUGCCCGGAUACGCAACUCCUUUCAGCCACUAAUCACAGAUGGCCCAGAGACCAAAAUCUGAAACCCUCUGCCAGUUGUGUCUGCCUUGAGACUAAGAUUGAGCCUUUGAGUCUUUGCUAACAGGCAGACACAACACAUAAUCAGGACCCCGGAACUAAAGCACAGUUUAUUCUUUUUUUUGUUUUAUUUUAUUCCAGAGUAGAAAUGCUCUGAAAAUGAUUUUGAGCUCCUCUGUACUUGCACAAUGACAAAAGAGGACAUUUUAUUGGUGCUGAGUAUAAUUAGUCAAUGGGAAAUUAAUCAUCCUGCCAAUGCCCUUAGCUUAGGAUCUUAUUUACCUUUAUGUUGCUAAACCUGUACAUUAUGAUAAUUAUUAUCUUUAAGAAUAUUGUAUUACUGUUGCUUUAAUCUAUGAUGUCUAGGACAUUCAGACUCUUUAACGCUUCUGGGAAGCAUGUAUAUGUUAUUGUUUUCAGAGUUAAAGCUCUAAUUAUUGUGAUGUAGACCCUUGUUUCUGUAUAUAUGUGUGUGAAUACUGUACAUGCAAACAAGAUGUAUAUAUUGUAUAUUUGUGAAGGGAUAAAUAGUACAUAUGUUAAUAUUCUAUAUAUUGAUUCUUUCACUGUGUCAACCUUCCUGUAAUACACAUGGUACGAAUUUGUAAACUGGUUUUACUUUGCUUCAGUAUUGCCGUUUUGGAAUGGGUGUAAUUUUAUGAAACUUUGACCUCCUAUGGUUGUGAAAAGAAUGACUUAAGGUUUGACUUGAUCAUACCUGCUUAAGGGUACUGGAUUGUGCAGUCAAGUACAGAAGACGUCAUUUUUUAAUAAAAGUGUCAAAAUUGCAAAA